AUGUCUACCAACAACCCCUCCAGCUGCGCGAUGACUACCAAAACACAGAAGCACCCAAAAACCAACAAGACAGGAACAAAAAGAGACAUUCUUAGGGAGAUCCAAGGCAAGUGUACCCCUUUGCCCAAUGCACCUCGGGAUAGGAAUAUGACUCCCCAUUGCGGAUCAUCCCCUCGACUGCCUCACCAUGAAUCUCUCAAACCGGAAGCCAACUUGUCGGUUUGCGAGAAUGUUGCCGGAAGGAUUCCCGCCAUCGAGAACAAACGCAUCUCGGCAGUCGCUGAUGAAGUCGUUGGAAAUGUCAAGAGAGACUCUCAGGCUUCUGCCACUUCAAACACUGCCGCGAAAAAUAAGAGGAAAACGCAUGUUGGGCCGUGGCAGUUGGGCAGGACACUCGGGAAAGGGGCCACUGGCAGGGUUCGGCUUGCAAAACACUCCCUGACAGGCCAAGUGGCAGCUGUGAAGAUUGUUUCGAAGAAAUCUGCUGCUCUCGUUCAGAGCGCAAGUAUGGCUCGCAUGGACAAGGAAGAUACCACCACGAUGAUUGCAGCAGGCCCGCGCACCAUGCCGUUUGGUAUCGAACGCGAGGUGGUUAUCAUGAAGCUCAUAGCACAUCCAAACAUCAUCAACCUCUACGAUAUCUGGGAAAAUCGUGGAGAGCUCUAUCUUGUUCUUGAGCACGUCGCCGGUGGCGAGUUGUUCGACUAUGUUUCAAGUAAUGGUGCCCUACCGGAAGGUGAAGCAGUCAGACUUUUCCGUCAAAUUAUCGCAGGCUUGUCAUACUGCCAUCGCUUCAACAUCUGCCAUCGAGACCUGAAGCCUGAAAACAUUCUUCUCGAUAGUCAGCGGAACAUCAAAUUGGCAGAUUUCGGAAUGGCAGCUCUCCAACCGAAUGGCACUUGGCUCAAUACUUCUUGUGGAAGUCCACAUUAUGCAGCCCCUGAGAUCAUUCUGGGUCAGCAAUACCGUGGUGACCUUGCAGACAUUUGGAGUGUUGGCAUCAUCCUGUUCGCUAUGUUAAAUGGGUUCCUGCCGUUUGACGGAGGUACGGUCCAAAACACCCUUCGUCUUGUCAAAAAGGGCGAGUACUUCCUCCCGCCGCAGCUAAGCGUCGAGGCAUCCGAUUUGAUUCAACGAAUAUUGCAGAAAAAACCCGACAAGAGGAUCGCUAUGGCCAAUAUUUGGACACACCCACUCCUCCGCAAGUACGAAAAGUACCACGCCAGUUUGGUUGCUCCUGACGAUCUUAUCGGUCCAGCUCCGCCAUUGAGUCUUGAGGCUCAAGCAAAACGUGUGAACAAGCGGUCAGACAUUGAUCCUGAAAUCCUGAGCAACCUCUCAACCUUGUGGCAUGGCUUCAAAGUCGAAGAAUUAACAAAGAGAUUGCUGAACGAGGAACCCAAUCAUGAAAAACUAUUCUACUGGGCACUGAUCAAGUUCAGGGAGGACCAGCUGGAAAAUUACCCGGGCGAGCCUAUUCAAUACUCUGCCAGUGAUCACCAUCAUGUCAGCAAGCCCUCAAUUAAGCCAAGCAAUCGAUCUGUCACUGCUCGUGGUCAUUACCGUCGCACUUCCCAGUUCUCAAUUGUCAGCGAUGAAACAACUCACCGUGAUGGCUACUACAAGAAUGCUGCGACAGCAGCCAGCAAGGUCACCAACAGUAGUUAUGACCCCUACCGCGCCUCCAGAAACCCCCUCUCUGAACCUCGCCCGGAGGUUGGGACAGUGGUUGUACGCUGCCCACCUAUGGCUGUUGACCAAACGGGCGCAUCGAGCAAUGUUAGACAUAAAAUCCUGGAGCGAAUUCAGGACGACGUACCUGAAAUGCCUAGCUUCACAUCUGAAGAGCUUAAGCGCCUCAUUCAAAAGAAACGAGCGUCAUAUUCGACAGCAACAUCAAAGAGCUCGUUGUCUAGCAUCAGACGUCGUCCUGGCAUUCGACAUUCUACGAGUUAUAAGCGCCAAAUCAGUUUUCCUCAUCGCCGACAGACUCCCUCUGGGCGUAUCAAUGGCAAUUGCCGGGUUAUGUACGAUAGUGGCUCCAGCGAUCGACCACAGACUCGUAGCACAAGUAACCCAAGAACCGAAUCACAGAGUACACCCAGCCUGGCGACACCUUCGCAAGCAUAUCAAACCCGCAAAUCAAGUUCAGAGAUGGACAUGAAAAAGUCUCGUGCUGCCAGCUACUAUUGGAAAGAUGAGACCAGGAAGGUCAGUGCCGAGCUGGGCAAAAUUUGUGAAGAAGCUUUCAACAGAUCCUCGGUAUCGACUACGAUGAGCGAGGCUAGCCCUCACGCUCAAUUUGAAUCCUCGGCGACAUCGAUGUCAGUACAUCAGCAGCGGAUACCGGAGAGCAUUCGGAAUAGACCUUUGCCUGCCACGCCAAUACUCCAGGAGUUGAUUGAGUAUCGCCACAAAAUCAUCGAAACCUGGGGCGAUGGCGACAGAGCCGUCUUGAAAGACAUACUAGCUACACUUGACAAGCGUAUUGAUGCCGAGGUUGACAAACAGCUGAAGCUCGACAAGCGAGCUGCUUCAGAUCCAACACGGGGCUUACUCACACCCAAGCGACAGAAAGUCUCGUCAAUCACCCCUGAGGAGGAUGGAACGCGAGAUCGGGGGCAACCUCGCGCUGCUUCCGAUCCCCUCAAAUAUCAGACCCCUCGUGAAAGACCAGACAAGACGAUUCGCCUUGUGACACCAGAUCAAACAUCGCCCCUUGCUCGACUCGAGCCACUCAGAGUGCGCAAAAAUAAAGCGAUGCCAAUCAAUUCCUUGCGUGGUGGCCCGGCACACAUUGCAAGAGCCCAGCGUGAUCGGGUGGGCUAUGACAAGCGUCUCUACGAAAGAACAGGUUUGGAUACUAUCGAAGAGAACCCUGGUUCACCGAGAAAACCUGCUUCGCGAAAAUGGUCAUGGCUCGGUCGGCGUGGGUCUGGUGGUCACGACCUGCUAGAAGCUAUGCAGGCUACAGGAGAAACCAAGCAUAGUAUUGACACUCAAUCUUCUCAAGUCGUGCAGCCUAGCGAGUCGACCAAUUCAUCUACUCUUACAAGAGGCAAAGACAGUGACCCUGACUCUGGUGACAUCGACCUGAAUGUGGAAAGAAAGCGCAGGUGGUUCCAAAAGAUGUUCGGAAAGACAAAGGCUAAGGACAGCUUAACGAACACUGGUGGUGAACACCGCGUAGCCCGUGAACCUACCAACGACCCGGAGGCGAACCAUGCAACCUCUGGCGAAGCUGCAGACGGGAAUGCCCCGGAUCGGAGAUGUUUCCCUCCAGCAACAAGUGUCGAUACUGGUUCUCCAGCCGUGGCUCUUGGCCCAAUCGAAAUCAGCCAGAAUUGGUUCGCUAAAUUUUUCCAUAUCAAGCCGGCAAGCCGCGUCAUUUGUCUUCAAAUUGGCAAGGACAAAGCCAGGAAGGAGUUGGUCAAGAUUUUAAAAGAAUGGCGCAAGUAUGGUAUCAAGGACGUGGUCUCCGAGCGCAGAACAGGUGGCGAUGUGGUCCGAGGUCGUGUAGACAUGGCAAACUAUCUUCAGUUGAAACCGGUUCAUUUCCACGCAUACGUGUACUCUGUCCUCGAACACGGUCGAAGAGCAAACUUGAGUGUCCUCAAAUUCACGCAGGAGAAAGGAGCCGCCAGCAGCUUCUACAAGGUCGUUGAUACUUUGGAGGCUGUCUUGAAAGAGCGUGAGUUGCUUGUCCUUGACGCUCAAAAGACAAGAUGCAUCGAGAAAACAUUGAAAAACGCCGGGUUGUGA